CUUGUCUUUGUUGGCGUCGGAGAGUAAACAUUAGCUCCUUCUGUUAAAACCCUAGGAUUUUUUUUUGCUGGCACUUGAAGACAAAUUUCGAGGUAUGCAGUGACAGGCAGAAUGAAGCCAGGCGGGCUUUGCUCCCCAACUGAUGGGAGCAGCAUGCCUUCUGGGGAUACCAUUAACUCCCUGUCAGCGCACAAAUCACCCAGUAAAGUUGGCCAUCACCCUGAGACAACCACAGCCGAAGAAGGACAUGUGGACCUGCCUCCCUUGCCACCAGAAGGCCAGCUGCAGCUUGUUCCUCUGGCCAAGAGCCACGCCAACGGGAUGCUCCCUCAUGAGGGGAUCCCCAAUGGAUUGCUUUCCCAUGGCAAAGGCCCGGUGGUGCCUCGUCAUGUGCGGCUGCCUCUGCAUGGUGAGAGUAGUCGUGAGACGGGGUCAGUGCCAUGUGCCACUUCACUGGGGAGAGAUGAAAGUAAAUUUAGUGGCACUGUGAUGGGCCAGAGCCUGUCGAAGCCUACCGAUGCUGGCACCUCCUCUAGCUUACCAUUUUCUCAUUCACUGCCAACCAUGUGUAAUAAGCCAUUUCAGCAACUGUCUGUUGUCACUUCACCCCUUAGCUACUCAUCAUCAAAGUGCAAUGCUCCUAUCAAUGCAGUGCCAUCUUGUCCUGGAGGUAAUACUUUAUCUCCAAAGAUGGUACCACCAGGUCAGGGUGUUUCCCCCAAGGGUGUAGGUCUCACAUCACCCAAAAGCCUGAAAAGUCCAAAGGGCAGAAGAAAAUGCUCACUGGAGGAAAUGGUGACCAAAUUGCAUAAUCGCACAGAGGCUUUUCAGAGUGGUGUCAGUGUGUUGCCGUUUUCACCAAGAAGUGUUCUGUGUGAUAGUGUAAAAUUAAAGAACAGUGCAGAGACUGCAGACAGAAAGGCUCCCCUGCCUGCAAAGGGAAGCCUCUCUGAUACCCAGACACAGAGUGGAGUCAGCUUCCCAAAUAUUUGUGAUAACAAUAACACUGCCAGAAUAUGUGAUGCUCACCCUGCUUUGAACCCCACAGUUAAUGUUACAAGCACCAGACUUCAUGAUGAGACAGACAAAUGCACUGAUAGUUCUUCAUUGACAGUGUGUGAUAUAAAAAGUAAAGUAGUUACCCAUGUUUCUCCUGAAAAGAUCAUAUCCAAUGAAGAAGUGAAUAAAAGCCAGAAAUUGCCAGUUUUACAUUUAAAUGAAUCUUGUCUUGAUGGUUACCCCCAAGGAAAUCGUAAUGACUUAAAAGGAAACCAUGGAACAUGUGCUGAAAGUUCAUUUUCUAAAGUAGAUGGAAAAGGGAAUACUAGCAGCUUACAAUGCAAUGCAGAAAUGACAAAAAAUGCUCAAUGGGGAGUUAUGCUCAAUCAGUGCAGUUCUAGACCAGAAGUGCAACAUAUAUCACAGAACGAAAAAUGUAAUGAAAAUCAAGCAUCAGAAAUUUGCAGAACAGAUUGCCAAUUAAGUGAUUCAUCUACAUCCUCUUUGUCAGACAAUUUGAAAAGUGACCAGCAGCAGCAUGCCUCUGACCAGGAAUCUGCAAAGAGUGCAGCAGGGGCUUUGCAGUGUGCUGAAAGGUCUGAGAGUGGUUUAAAGGGAAGGGAAAAGGAGCACCAGCCAGUUGUGGAAUCUGAAAAAGUGCAAGAAGGAAAGGGCUCUAGAGACUUGACAUUAAUUGAUAAUAAGGGUAUUAGAAACACAGAGCAAAAAGAGGGAUGUGAAAAUCUUGUCAGUGAAUCAUGUGAGGUUAUUAGUAAAAAGGUUAUUGGAAGAGGUGUUCCAGAAGAACCACAGGAUGAGGUGGUCAUACGUAGGGAACCACAAGGCAAUAAUGAGCUGAAAACACUGAUGAGUGGUGGUGAGUGCCUCAGUGUGCUGUCAAAAGCUGAGGUAUUAAAUGUGAAACUGAGCGAUAGUGUUGCAAGUAAACCUCAGAGUGAAAAGAAAGUAAUUAAAGAACAACCUGGUGAUAAAGCUGAAGGUGAACAAAGUGUACAAGAGGUAGUAAAUGAAGUAGAAAGUGAAAAGGUGUUAAGUGGUACAGAGCAAAGUGGUGGGAAUAUAACCGGUGAUAACACAUUAAGAAGUGACCAGCAAAAAGACAUAGAGUGUAUGAAUAAUCAGAGCAGUCUAAAAGUUGUGAAUAAGUUGAUAGAUUUAACUGCCGAGUCAGAAAGUGCCAGGAGUAGUAGUGUAGAACUCAUUGAAAAUGAGCCAUUGGAAAAUGUGGACAGUGAGAGUGAGAUAGAAAUUUUAUAUGAAAAGAAAGAUGAAACUGGAAGAGAUAAUAACACAGAGAAAAGUCUGCCUAGAAGUACAGAGGUAUUGAAUUCUCUUCAGUCUAGGCCUAGCCAGGUUUUACCAGCUGUGGAGAACAAGGAGUCUGAAGCACUGCCAUAUUUAGAGCCAAUAUCAGAUGAUGAGAACUCUCUCUUGUGUGCUCCCUCCACCUCGUCUGGCCUUUCAUCUGUCUCUGGUUUUCAGAGCAAUUCUGAUACUCCCAUGUUCUCUGAUACUCCCUCCGAUGCAUCGCGUGGGGCAAUUAUGGUUAGAAUCUCUGAUGCUGUUGCUGCAAUUCUGUCAGAUGUGUCUGAUGAAAGCCUUCCAGAUUCCCCAUUGUCAUUUAGUGAUAAAACUCAGGGUUCUAGUGAAAAAGCAGAUGACACGAUACGUAGUAACACAAGUGAAAAAAUAUAUGCAAAUACAUUGGACAAUGAAAAAUUGCUUUCUUCAGUUGUGGAAAAAAUAUCCACUGAAGAAACCACAAAGGAUUCUGAAACCCUGAAGGACAGAGGGCUAACAAAAGACACAGUUCAGCCUGUAUCUGAUUCAGCUUCCAUUACAGAAACUGAUGAUAGUGAGAGUGUGGAUAUUUGUGUGAGAAGUGAACAACUGGGACCAAAAAAUACAGAAUCUGUGGAGAAAAUUGAUUCUUGUGAGCAGAAUUCUACUGUGCAAAGCUUGGCCUGUAUUACAGAAAUUGAGAAAAGUUCUCUAGAAUCUCCAGAACCAAGUAGAAAUAUAUGUGGGUUGGCUCCUAGUACUCUUAGUAAAUUGUGUAGCAAUAGUGAACAAGAAGGUUCUUGUCAAGAUUCAGGGUUGAGAACUGCUUACUAUGAACAAAAGCAGUUGGGACCUCCAUCACUCUUAAGAGAGGUUGACACUGGAUCAGCAGAUGGGUCCUCCACCUCUAAAUCAACUUGUGGCAUUACUUCUAUUGGCCAGUCAACACAAUCAUCACAAGUUUCAAGUUUAUCCACAGUUAAGCUUGACUCUCUUAGCUCACACACACAGGUACUUUUAGCAGAAUCAUGUACCAUAGCUUGUUGUAGUAAGUCUCAUAAUAGUAGCCAUAUAUGCCAAAACCUCAUCUCAGGAUCUCAGAAAAGUUCUAGUCAAAACCAAAACUGCAAUACAUCACAGAGUGGGGGCAGCAAAGACUUAGCAGGUCUUGUGAUUAAGCAGCCCGGUGCAAUUCUACAUAAUGAUGAAUCGGCCAAGAGAAAUAGGGUAGCUGGAUGUGAAUCUGGUGAUACAAUAAAAAGCAGGCUCAUGUGCCACAGUGAAGAUGAAUCUGCUAGAUUUUCAGGAAAAGAGAAGGAAAUUUUCACUAACCAGUCUGAUGGUACAGCUCCUAAAUCUGUUCAGCUGAGUGAUGGAGUGUCACCUGCCGCAAUGUCAGUGGUAGUUGACAACACAGUUGUCACUUCUGAUAUGGCUGAUAAUAGAGAUAAUGCCCAAACUUUUAAGGAAAAAGUAUUUUCAGAAACUGAAGUUCCUGACAGGGAUGACCAAAGAGGAAGUACAUAUUCACAUGAUCCUACUGCAUCAGAUGUGAUUAGUGGUGGAAGUGUUACAGGAACCCAAAAACACACUAUUGGAGACAGUAAACUUGGUAGUAAGGAAGUUCCUGAUAGGGAGAGAAUUGAAGGACCUGAAAAGAUCACAAAGGAUUUUUCUACAGAAGAGAAGACUACUGCUAGUAGUGGCAGAAGUUUAAAAAAUCAUCUGCUUACGCAACCAGAUGUACUAACCACAGACUGCAACCAGAAGUUCCUGGAAAAAAGUAACCUAUCUGAAAGGGCUUCUGAAAUAUGUGAGGAGCUUAAGAGCAGAAACUGCCACACUUUCCUUGAUGUUAUCCAGUCUAGAAUGGUUGACUCGCAUGCAGUAUCCACUGAUAUUAGUGUUAAGACCUGUCCAUCAAACACAGUGUCUCAGGUGAGUGAAGAAAGUUGUAAAACAUCAUCUACACCUUUGGAUUUCUGUCUUCUGACAGAGGCUUCUGCAUCCUCCAAAAUAUAUACUCAGGAUAGCCAUGAUUUGGGUAGGGAAGGUAUGAUAGUUCCUCCAUCAAGUGAAAUUGUUAAUGAAGUUGCCCAUCCACUGCCUGCUGAAGUCAAAGACAGUCUUCCUCAAAAUGUGGCUGCCACAGAUGCCAGUCAUCCACUUACAAAGAACACUUCAGCCACAGAUAAAGAAUAUUCACCAGUAUCUGAGCACGGACCUGUAGAAGAACCAACACCAAGUCAGGUGGUAUUACAGAAUACUGAAACCAAUUCUGAAAUGUCAUUUGCAAAUGUUACUGAAAUUAAUCAGAAACCAGAUGAAAUUAAUAGAACAAAGUUAGCCCCAACUGAAAUUGAUGUGGGGAAUCUAGAGAAUUCAGAUUUUAAACAUGUACCUUCUGAAGAUUCAAAAGCUAGUCAGGUAACAGCAGACAUUACUGAAACCAGUCAUGCAUCAUUGGAGAUGCUUGAGUCAAAUGAAGUGGCAGCUGGACUUUGUUCUGUAAUAUCAGAGUUAUGUGAAGUUAGUAAAGCAGCAGAUGAGGCAACCAAAGUUGCAACAUAUGAAGAAGUCAGUGUGUAUAUGGAAGCAACAGAUGAGGCUGCUAAAACCAGUCAAGUAUUAGCAAAUGUUCUUGAAGAUUGCCAGGGAGCAGCUGAAUCAUGUACAACCAGUCAAAAACUGUCUGCCAGAAUGGAAGCCAUUACAAGUGAAACAACUGAAGCAGAAACUGUUAAACAAACAAGCUGUACAACAAGCCAAACAACAGUGGAUAUCUUUGAAGAAAUUCAGUCCCUGGCUGAAGCUGUCCAGGAAAAACAUGAUGUUAGUGAAACUUCAUAUAAGUGGGAUGAUAUGAAAGGUAUGUCUAGUGUAGACAGUAUUGUGGAUUUUUGUUCAUCUUCAGAGGUUGCAAACCUCAGUUGUUCACCUAGUAAUUCAAAAGAGGAGCAGCUCCCAGUUAUCACUAAAUAUCAACAUUUCCAGAAAGAGACAGAGACAUAUCAUCCACCAGCUGGGGCUAAUGUGGCAGAUGUUUGUUCAUUUGCUGAAGGUAGCAAUCAGUUAAGUAUUGUAAGAACUGAAAGCCAAUCAGAAACUUGUGUUGAUAUUCAGGAUGUUCAAAAUACUACAGUCAGUGAUCAGAUGUCAGGUAGCACUGAAAAGGAAGAAAUGCAAACUGUAAAUUGUAACCAGGAUUCUGCUGGUAAAGUUUCAAAGAUUGAUUCCUCACUGCAAUUGACUGAUAAUAGUAACCUCUCCCUAGAACCUGUUUAUGCCAUGAAUGACGGGCAUUGUGAAGAAAGUCAGUCAACAGAGAGUCAAUUAUUAGUAAAAGAAAGUGAAGAGCCAGCUGAUUUGACUAUCGUGAGCCAUUCAACAGUUUGCUCAGCAGAGGGAAGUGGCAUUCAGUCUGAUUUAACUGAAGAUGUGUCUCCAGCUAACCUAAAUGACAGAAGUCAUCCAACAGAGGAUGUGGUAGACAUUGGGGCAGCUGAGUUGAGUUGUUCAGUAGCUGGUGAUUCUGGAGUUGAUGAUUCAGGCAUUGGAAAUGUUGGAGAUCAAUCAUCAACUGAUAGGAGUCCAGUUGAAGAUUCAGUAAUUGACGAUGCCGUUGUUAAUGAGGCAGCAUCUGAGGAAACUCAACUUGAGAAUUGUCAGGAUGAUAAUUCUGAUAAACUUCCAUCUGAAGUUACCCAAGUUCAUGAUAUAGUUGAUCAUCCACCAGUUGAUGACACACCACCUGAGGAAAUUGAUCAUCCAUUAGAUGCCAAGCCUAAAAUGGAUCAACCACCAUUUGAUCAACCCCCAGUUAAUAAGACUGUAUGUGCCCAUCCACCAGCUCAUGAAGUAAAGGUUGAUUUUCUGCCAGUUGAUCAUCCAUCUGUUGAUGAAGUAGCAGAAGUUGAUCAUCCACCAGUUGAAGUGGCAGAUGGUCAUCCACCAGUUGGUGAAGUGGCAGACAGUCAUCCACCAGUUGGUGAAGUGGCAGACAGUCAUCCUCCAGUUGAAGUGGCAGACAGUCAUCCACCAGUUGAUGAAGUGACAGACAGUCAUCCACCAGUUGGUGAAGUGGCAGAAGUUGAUCAUCCACCAGUUGGUGAAGUGGCAGACAGUCAUCCACAAGUUGAAGUGGCAGACGGUCAUCCACCAGUUGAGGCAGAAAUUGAUCAUCCACCAGUUGAUGAAGUGGCAGAUGGUCAUCCACCAGUUGAUGAAGUGGCAGACAGUCAUCCACCAGUUGGUGAAGUGGCAGACAGUCAUCCAGCAGUUGGAAGUGGCAGACAGUCAUCCACCAGUUGGUGAAGUGGCAGACAGUCAUCCACCAGUUGGUGAAGUGGCAGACAGUCAUCCAGCAGUUGGUGAAGUGGCAGACAGUCAUCCACCAGUUGGUGAAGUGGCAGACAGUCAUCCACCAGUUGGUGAAGUGGCAGACAGUCAUCCACCAG